AGUGACAAUAACAAAAUAUAUCUAUUUAAGCAGGUGCAUAGAAUAUAUGUGUUAGUCUAAGUACAUAUUUCUUAGAAGUGGUUCAAAAUGUUGGGUUUUUUAUUGAGUUUGGCAGUCUUGCACCAAGUACAAUGUAGACCGGCUGAUCAGGCGGUAAGUACUGGAUCAGAUGCGUUGCAUUUGUUCGUGGCAAAUACCUCAUCAUCUAGUGAUUACCACUUGGGACCGAUUCUGUCGGAAAUUGAAAACAUUGAAGACGAAAUCAAUGCAGACAUGCAGGCACUGAUGCCCUUUUUAAAUUUUAUGUUCGAUACGGACAGCGUCAGUGAUGACAAAGACAGUAGUUGUGAAGAUCAAAUGAUUCUACAACUAGUUCCAGACCACAAUCCAACGAUCUUGAACCCGCAAUUACCACAAGAUAAUCCUCUAGAUUUUCCAGAAGAAAGUUUACUUGAAAGUAAUCUUGAAGCUGCUGAAAACCAAGCGCAAGAAUCCGAAAAUCCUUCGGCUAACGCAAACCCAGAGAUAGUCAGUGCAAAUGAUGAUGAACCAGAAUCGGCAGUUGAAAAUUUCAAUCCAGCAGAAAGUGAUGCAGUCGGACCAGUUGUAGAACAAGUGUAAUGAGUUAUAAUAGAUAAUGAUAUUUUGUAUGCGGGUGUCACCCAUUUAAAUAAGCCAUACUAGUUUAUAUUUACCAAAAUUUAACAUUGAUUAACUUUGAUAUAGUAAAAUCUGUCUUGACGUUUCGUGACGUAAAAUGUAUUUCUUCUGAAAUAAUUUUUUCUAUCGUUGUAUUUUAUUAAUAGUAUUUCAUCUUUUGUCUUCACUUAAAUUAUACAUACAUUGUAAUUUAUUGAUAUCGUGGUCAUAUGUUGUUCAGUAUUGUUGCAUCCUUAAAGGACUUGCUUCUAUGUGUAAUGGAACUGAAUUAUACGUGCAUUGGUUAUGUCAUACAAGAAAACAAAAUAAUUGUACGAUACGCUUAAACUUAAAAAAAAAAUGUACAUAUUACAUUGCAAUAUCUGUUUUUUUUUCUAAUGUAAUUGCAUCUAAAUACUUGGCCAUGAAAAAAUUAUUUAAUCAAAUGUAUGAUGAAACUAAUUGAAUCCUUAGGACUUAUCUAAAUUUUGUAAUUAGUCAAUACUAUACACAUAGUAUAUGAUAUAAAAUUGUAUAAAUUUAGCGCUUUGUGUAAAGAAAUAAAUAAAUAAAAACAAACAUAGUCUUUAUUGGUGUCUCGGAAAAAAUAUCGUCAAGGAAAUUUUGCCGUAUUCUUGAAAUAAAAACUACUACGUAAUUA